GUCCAAGGACCUUCUCUGUUCUUCAAGAUAACAUUUUUAUGACGCAGGUCCAUCGACUUUGGGCGAUUCUCAUCGUUUAAUCAUUUGAACCCCAACCUCUCUUCUCUUUCUGUGCCGCCAUGGAAGCUCCAGAAAUUCCGUCACUGAGAGUAGCAAGUUCUCUUAUUGCUGGUAUAGUUAUCUUUGUGAUAGUGAUAGUGAUCGGAAGAAUGGUGAAUUGGUUGUGGCUGAGGCCGAAACGACUCGAGAGAUGUCUCAGAAGGCAGAAUCUCAAGGGGAACUCCUACAGAUUAGGGUUCGGAGACUUGAAGGAGAUGGCUCAGAUGAUUCAAGAAGCCAAAUCUAAGCCCAUCAACCUAGACGAAGAGAUCAUUCCUCGUAUCAUUCCUUUUCAUCACCAAAUGAUUCAAAACUAUGGCAAGAAUUCUUUUAUGUGGUUUGGUCCAAGUCCUGUGGUGACAAUUACAAACCCAGAAGACAUAAAGGAGGUUUUCAGCAACAUUUCUGUAUUUGAAAAGGUCGCUAGCAAUCCACUCGCUAAACUUUUAAUUACUGGACUCAUAGGCUACAAUGGUGAAAAAUGGUUGAAACACAGAAGAAUUAUCAAUCCCGCCUUUCAUUUGGAGAAGUUAAAGCUAAUGUUGCCAGCAUUCUAUGAGAGUUGUAACGAAAUGGUAAAGAAAUGUGUAAGAUUGGUCAAUGAAAAUGAAAGUGGCUGUUGUGAGAUGGACAUGUCGCCUUUCUUUCAAACUAUGACUAGUGAUGUUAUUUCUCGAACUGCUUUUGGAAGUAGUUAUGAAGAAGGUCAACAAAUAUUCCAACUCCAAUCUGAACAAGUUCUUCUUACCCUCAAGGUCCUUCGUUCUGUUUACAUCCCAGGUUGGAGAUUUGUACCAACUAAGUUGAACAGGAGAUUGAAAGAAAUUGAGAAAGAAAUACAAGUGUUGGUGAGAGGAAUCAUUCACAAAAGGGAGAAGGCUAGCAAAGCAAGAGAGGCCCCAAGUGGUGAUCUAUUAGAUAUACUGUUGGAAUCCAAUCGCAGAGAAAUCAAAGACAGUGGCGACAAUAAAGACAUGGGAAUGAGCAUUGAAGAUGUCAUAAAGGAAUGUAAAUUGUUCUACGUAGCAGGACAAGAGACAAUAUCUGGUCUCCUUAAUUGGACAAUUGUGUUACUAUGCAAGCAUCCCAACUGGCAAUCUCGAGCAAGAGAAGAAGUCUUCCAAGUAUUCGGCAAUCAAACACCUGAUUAUGAUGGCUUAAAUCGUCUCAAACUGGUAAGUAUGAUAUUGUAUGAGGUUCUAAGGUUAUACCCUUCAACUCCUGUGUUGACGAGGGUCGUGGCAAAAGAUACAAAACUUGGAAAUCUGAGAUUACCAGUUGGAACUCGAGUUGGGAUUCCAGUAAUUAUGAUACAACAGGAUUCUCAAUUAUGGGGAGAAGAUGCGAAGGAGUUCAAGCCACAAAGAUUUUCUGAAGGAAUCUCUAAAGCAACCAAGAACCAAGGUUCAUAUGUUCCAUUUGCUUGGGGUCCAAGGAUAUGCCCAGGCCAAAAUUUUGCUUUGCUUGAAGCAAAAAUGGCUUUGUCCUUAAUUCUCCAAAACUUCUCUUUUGAGCUUUCUCCAUCUUAUGCUCAUGCUCCUUUUUCGGUUUUGACCCUUCGUCCUCAGCAUGGCACCCAUGUCAUUUUACGGAAGCUCUAGAAUUAUUGGUUAAAAGGUCCAUCAUGUUACACUCUUAGAAGGAAUUUUAUCCUUAUGCAUAUGUAUCUAUCUAUUUAUAUAUGUAGGUCAUGAGAAUAUGUGUUUAUAUGCUUUCUGUAUAGUCGUUGAAUGAUUAUCCUAUUAUUCAGAUUAUACAAUGUUAGCUGCUUCUAGA